CCCGUUAAUUGAUUGUGAAGGAUGUGGAGUUCCCGUUUAUUGGGAAAGACGAAGCAUUCCCUGGGUUUUUACUUGGAGGGAGACACGAUGCCCCGUUUCUGCUCUCUUGUUUUGAAAGGAAAGCGGAAAAGAAGCUCACAAGAUGGCGGCUAACUUUGCCGCAUGUCAAGGCGACAGAGGAGGGAGGACAAGCGGACAACGGCCAAUUUUACGCUGAACAAAUUACUUUUAGGGUUUUUCUUUACGACUACAUAAUGGACGCACGGUAGACUGGUACUUUUAGGUGGCGUUUUACAGCUUUCCGGUGUAAGUCAGAGGACGUGUCGUGUCGCGAAGGAAGGGAAGGGAGGAAGUUUGUGUCACAUAGCGGGAAGAAGAGAAAACAAACACGAAAAAAAGACGAAGUCAUGGAAGGCCACCGAUACAUCCCGGAGGACCGCGGCGGUUCGGCCAUGGAAAAGAACCCGGCCGACCUGACAGUGAUGGACGUGUACGACAUCGCCGCGGCGGUGGGGCACGAGUUCGAGCGAAUCAUUGACCAGUACGGCUGCGAGGCUCUGUCCCGCCUCAUGCCCAAGGUGGUGAGGGUGCUGGAGAUCCUCGAGGUGAUGGUGAGCCGCCACAGCAUCGGUGGGCCAGAAGCCGACGAGCUGCGCCUGGAGCUGGACAAACUCAGGCUGGAGAGAACCGAGAGGCUGGAGAAGGAGAGGAAGCACAGGAAGGAGCUGGAGCUGGUCGAGGACGUAUGGCGAGGUGAGGCUCAGGAUCUACUCUGCCAAAUCGCUCAGCUGCAAGAGGAGAACAAGAGCCUUCUGGACAAUGUGUCCCUGCGAGACUCUGCGAGUGACGAAGACCUGCAGAGGACCGAUGGCAUGAGCGAGCGUGAGCGUCAGGUGAUGAAGAAGCUGAAGGAGGUAGUGGACAAGCAACGGGACGAGAUCCGGGCCAAAGACCGCCAGCUCACGCUUAGGAGCGAAGACAUCGAGGCGCUCCAGCAGCAGCAGUCCCGCCUCAUGAAGAUAAACCACGAUCUGCGUCACAAGAUCUCGGCGGUGGAGGCUCAGGGCAAAGCGCUGAUUGAGCAGAAGGUGGAGCUGGAGGCCGGCGCGCAGAGCCGCGGCCAAGAAGUGGGAGCCCUGCGACAGGAAGUGGCGCGCUUGCGGGAGCGGCUAAAGGGUGACGUCCGGGAAGCUCUGCCCCAGCCCCCCUCGCCGGCCGAGGCAAAAGUGCACAACUGUCAUUCACUCGGCAAUCUCCUGAACCAGCGUGAAGCGUCAGCUGUGGUGGGGGCGGAGGGUUGGUUGGAGUCCUCCACCCCCCCGCCGCCGCCCGGCUCGCUCUGGCCUGACGAGGACGAGGAGGACGAGGCGGCCUUGCUUUGGGAGGCCAUGUGCGAUGACGACAUGCCUGCUGUGUACCAAUAUUUCACCAAGGAGGCGCUGUGCCAGGAGGACACAACCACGGAGCUCCCGGACUUCAAGGACCCCAACCGGGCCCGGUUCACCCUGCAGGAGUUGCGGGACGUCCUGCACGAGCGCAAUGAGCUCAAAGCCAAAGUCUUCUUGCUGCAGGAGGAGCUAGCCUACUACAAAAGCGACGAAACGGAAGAAGACACGGCCGCUUCUAGUCCCGAGCCCGAAUCCAGGACGCGAUCGCGCUUUGCUGUUCAGCCAGAGUCUGGGAUCAAACGCCUGAUCUUCACGGCUUUCAUGCCCAUGGUGGCGGCUGGUUUGAUCCGAGGCGAUCCCACUUUACAGCCUGCCCGAGGCUUUGCGGCGCUCGUUUAGUUUGUUUUCCCGUGACAAGCAGCGGAGUUGGCAGCGUGGCAACGCGCAUGACGACGCGUUCACCGAACAAGCGCAGGAGGCCUUACCGCACGUUUAGCCGUCACCUCUGAGACCCAACCCCGCCCCCUUCAAACAAAGGUCGUUAUUAUUUAUGCGCGUUUCCCAUGGGCCCGAUCCCUUCAAGCAUAACUGUGACAUACGGAGGCAUUAUUUAAUUCUCUUCCCUGGCAUUUACACAUACGGCUCUUGAAAGACUGAAAAGGGGGGGGGACCUACAGCCAAUCAUAGCAUUUUCUUGGAAACAAAUGAAGGUGGGUUCAUAAUAGAAGUUUGCCAGUUCAAGCCCUGGAAUUGACUCCAAAAUGGCUGCUUCCAUUUGGGCCGGGGGUCCUUGAGACUUUCUGGCGCAUGCUAUUGUUGGUAGACAUUCUCAAUUUGAUAUUGAUUGGUGGUUUGGGGGGCUAAUUGAAAACACAAAACACGAGUCUCCCCGAAGGACCGCUAGAAAUGUCUCAAAUGGC